ACAACCAUGACAUUAUUGAACAAUACACGUCAGCAGCAUCGGAUGCAGGUGACAUUUCAUCAUUUCUAAAUCCCAUUUGUUUUAUACCCCAGUCAGUAAAUUUGUAUUCGUAUUCGUAACGAAGGUAAAUCAGAGGUGGUGUGGCAUCACCCCUCCCAAACAGCUUCACUUCAAACCUGCUGCUGCUGCUGCUUUACAGUAUAUUUGUCACCCUUCCUUUGUGCGUCAAAUCAAAGGAUAGGAAGAUCUUGAGUCUAGAUCUUUCGCAUUUCCAUAUAGUCCGUGUGCCAUCAUGGAUCUGUUGGGGAAGAAAGAGAGGCGAGGCAAGGAUGUAAAAGGCGUGCUGAAGAGGAACUGGCUUCUCUUGGCGACCAUCACUUCAGUUAUACUGGGAAUAGGUCUUGGAGUGGUGGUACGGGACUAUUCCUCUGUGUCCCAUCUUGGGAAGCAGUACUUUGGCUUCCCUGGAGAAAUCCUGAUGAGAAUGCUAAAGCUUGUCAUCCUGCCUCUCAUCGUCUCCAGCAUGAUAACAGGAGUGGCAGCAUUGGACUCUGAAGUAUCAGGCAAGAUCGGUCUUCGCGCGGUCCUUUAUUACCUCACCACUACCAUCAUUGCCGUCUGUCUAGGAAUCCUUCUUGUGACGACUAUUAAGCCCGGGGUCUCUCAGAAUGCUGAUCAUAUUGACAGAACAGGAAACACUCCAAAUGUCACCACUAUUGACACCCUGCUGGACAUUAUUCGGAACAUGUUUCCAGAAAACCUUGUGCAGGCCUGUUUUCAGCAGUAUAAGACGCAACGCAAAGAGAUUGAACUGCCAAAACCGAACGUUAACGCAACUACAACAACAUUUCCACCAUUUACAACUAUUAUCUCAAAUGUUGCACAGAAUUUGACCAAGGACUACAAGAUUGUUGGAGCAUAUUCAGACGGGAUUAAUGUUCUUGGUCUCAUCGUAUUCUGCGUGACCUUCGGCCUGGUCAUUGGCAAGAUGGGUGAAAGGGGACGCAUCCUACUCGAGUUCUUUGAUGCGCUGAAUGAAGCCACCAUGAGACUCGUUCAAAUUAUCAUGUGUUACAUGCCUAUUGGAAUUUUGUUCCUAAUUGCUGCCAAGAUCAUCGAGGUGGAAGACUGGGAUAUCUUCAGAAGAUUCAUGUACAUGGUUACGGUUCUGAGCGGACUAGCCAUCCAUUCCAUCGUAUUUCUUCCUCUCAUAUACUUUGUGGUCGUGAGAAAGAAUCCGUUCAGCUUUGCUCUGGGAAUGGCACAGGCCCUGGUCACCGCACUCAUGAUUUCUUCAAGUUCGGCCACCUUGCCAGUCACCUUCCGAUGCGCAGAGGAAAACAACAGGAUUGACAAGAGGAUCACCCGCUUCGUCCUGCCAGUCGGUGCCACCAUCAACAUGGAUGGGACGGCACUCUACGAAGCUGUUGCUUCAAUAUUCAUAGCUCAGUUGAAUAACUAUGCCCUGGAUGCUGGACAGAUUAUCACUAUAAGCAUCAUGUCAACGGUAGCCAGCAUUGGUGCAGCAGGAGUUCCAAAUGCUGGACUGGUAACCAUGGUUAUAGUGCUCACAGCGGUGGGCCUUCCCGCUAGUGAUGUCACUCUCAUCGUUGCUGUUGAUUGGCUGCUUGAUCGCUUCCGUACCAUGAUCAAUGUCCUUGGAGAUGCAUAUGGCGCUGGAAUAGUCCAGAAGCUGUCGAAGCGAGAACUGGAGAGGAUGGACCUCAUGUCAGACGUGGAUGCCGUCAACCCAUUUGCACUGGAGACCACGCUGGAUGAUGAUGAGUGCGAGAAGAAAUCGUACGUUAAUGGUGGCUUCACCGUUGACAAAAGCGACGCCAUUUCCUUCACUGAAACCUCACAGUUUUAGAGGUAAGAGCUAGCGGAGGGUUCGGAGAUGUGGGAACCAUUCAUAAAAUCAGUGCCAUGGCAAAGACUCAUUACAGGAGACAUGACUGAGUACAGACAUUAGCAAUACCUGGCUGUUCAGCUUCCUUCAUUUGUUCUAUAACCGUGCCCUCAAACUCAUAGAGAAGCGAGAAAAAAAUGUCAAGGAACAACUAUGUGCUUCCGCAGUUCAUGUUGCCAAGAAUUAUGCAAAUAUAUUUCAUUUUUCUUCAUUAACUAAAGUUGGUUACUUGCGGUUUUUGUACUAACCAAUUGCUUUUUAGCCGUAAGUGAAGUUCUAACAUAUCAUUUGUAGGCUGUGCAAUAUGGGCUAGUUGCACAAUUUGGCAUCGGUGAGCUUUUGCAAAGAAAAAGUCCGGACACCAAUUUCCAGUCGUUUAACACUAUCGAGUUGUUUUGGCUUAACGAAGGGCUCUGCGAUGUAAAGAGGAUUUGUCAUAUCGCUUACAUAUUACGUUCUUCUUUUUUAUCUAAAAAACACCCAGAUUUGCCGGCCAAACAUCCUAUGUUUCCCAUACAGUGUUAUAUGACCGGAAAUUAAUCUGCCGACUCUGUCGUCCCAAAUGCUCACUAGCGCCAUCUUGUGCAAAAAGCAAAUUGCACGUGUAUUGAUUUGAUUUGAAAGAAAGAUAUUAGUCUACAGUGUGUAUUGCAACAAAAAGCAUGCUCCUAAUCAGACAAUGCUUUUCAAACACAAAACGCCUGACUGUUGCUUUAAUUCCAUUUGUUUUUGUGAUUUUAGUCUUGAAUUCUGUAUUUGCACUUGUUAUCAAAAGCCAAAUGUUGAUGCGUGUCUUUCAUUUCCAAUUAGUGCCAAAUUGAAUGUGUCAAUAUGAUGGAAACGUUUUUUAACUAACAUUUAAAAUGAAGGAAAAUACUGCAUGAUGCAAAAAGGAGUACAGAAAUGGCCUUAGAGUGAAAAUUAAAUCCGUACACAUUUUCAAUACAUGAACAAUUUGUUUCGUCAUAAAUAACAUUGAAGGUGGCAAGCCUUAAUUGUUUCUUCAGCAAGCCACGGAUUCUUAUAUUUUUUAUUUAAUUUUAAUGAAACUAUGAAUACAGAUGUCUACGACUGAGUGCCAAUUUCAUGCCAUCGAGGCUGUUUUAUAUACAUAUAUAUUUUACAUUUUUAUUUCAUUUAUAUUCUGUUUUACAUUAGAAAUGAGAAAACACUUUCAAUGUUAAGUAUUAAUGGUCUGAGUUUGGAGUUCUGAAACUGAAUUUUCACCAUAAAGCACACUAAUAUAUUACUGUACAGUACAGCAGUCAAAUUAGUUCAUACUGUAAAAUUCAACAAGUACUGUAUGUGUAUCCACAAAACAAUAAAGAUAAACAUCUGAAAAACA